AUGAUGAACCGCUCACUUCUGCGUGCAGCUGCACGCUCUUUACAAGCUGGUGGUCCCGUUGCUAACCGGCGGUACGCAUCAUCCGCCGUGUUCAACUGGGAGGAUCCCCUUGCCGCAUCGGAGCUGUUCACACCAGAGGAGCUGGCAAUCCAGGAGACAGCACGACAGUACUGCCAGGAUAAAUUACAGCCUCGCGUCCUCGAGGCCUACCGCAACGAAGACUAUGACCGACGAAUCCUCGAAGAGAUGGGCGAGCUCGGCCUACUCGGCGCCUCAAUUGAGGGCUACGGCUGCGCUGGUGUGAGCACCGUCGCCUCAGGUCUGAUCACCAAGGAAGUGGAGCGUGUCGACAGUGGAUACCGGUCGGGCAUGUCGGUCCAGAGUUCUCUGGCCAUGACAGGCAUCUAUGAGUUUGGCACAGAGGAGAUGAAGGAGCGGUUCCUCCCCGGACUGGCAUCGGGCAAAGUGUCCGGCUGCUUUGGGUUGACGGAGCCCAAUCAUGGCUCUGACCCCGGGUCCAUGGAGACCGUUGCACGCGAGCACCCCACCCAGAAGGGCGUAUACCUCUUGAGCGGAAGCAAGACUUGGAUCACCAACUCACCCAUCGCGGAUCUGGCUUUGGUGUGGGCUAAGCUUGAGUCCACUGGCAAGAUCCGUGGAUUCGUGAUUGAACGAUCCAAAUGCCCGCCUGGCACCUACGAGACUCCCGCUAUCAAGAAUAAGACUGCGCUGCGCGCAUCCAUCACGGGUAUGAUCCACAUGGACAACUGUCCCGUUGGUGUGGAGAACAUGCUGCCCGAUGUUGAGGGUCUCACAGGCCCGUUCACCUGCUUGAAUAGUGCUCGUUUGGGCAUUGCUUUUGGUAGCAUGGGUGCGCUGGAGGACUGUCUUGCUCGUGCGCGUGAAUACAGUCUUGAGCGUAAGCAGUUUAAGGGCAAUCCGUUAGCUAAGUAUCAGCUGGUUCAGAAGAAGUUGGCUGAUGCGGCCACGGAUGCGGCUUACGGCACGCUGGCGGCUGUGCAGGUGGCUCGUCUCAAGGACGCUGGAAAGGCUACCCCGGAGAUGAUCUCAAUGAUUAAGCGUCAAAACUGUGAUCGUGCAUUGCAAAAUUCCCGAAUCUUGCAAGAGGUGUUUGGCGGCAAUGCCACCAGCGAUGAGUACCACAUCGGGCGUCAUGUAGCCAACCUGUUUGUGGUGCAGACGUACGAGGGUCAGAGCGAUAUUCACGCAUUGAUCCUUGGCCGGGCCAUUACAGGCAAGCAGGCCUUUGUUUAA